AUGCACGUCGUGUUGGCUGCACCGGUCGCUGUGCGACGAAACCAAGCACCAAGAGAGCCAUUGGCAUUUUCGCCAACGGCUGAUGUGCUUGCCGUUGCAAGUUGGGAUACAUUCGUACGGAUUUAUCGCAUUGACAAGACAAAUGCCCAGCCGGUGCAGCCACAUCAGCAAUACCAGCAUGAGGGCCCCGUGCUGGAUGUGUGCUUCAAUGCUGACGGUAGUAAAGUGAUAUCUGUCGGUGCUGAUAAAGUCGCUCGUUGUUUUGAUCUGAAUACGAAUCAGGCAGCAAUAGUUGCUCAACACAAUGAUACAAUUCGUUGUGUGCGCUGGCUUCGUGCAUUUGGUGGGGCUCUCGUGACAGGCAGUUGGGACAAGACAGUGAAAAUUUGGAAAAUUGAGCCACAGCCUACUCUUAUUACGUCAUUAGAUCUUCCGGAGCGCGUAUAUGCUAUGGACGUGAUUGGAUUGAUUGUCAUCGUCGCAAUGGCUGAACGAAAGAUUAUGGCGUUCCAAUGUAAUGAAGCUACGGGUACGGCGCAGCAAGUUGUUGAUCAGUUUAGCCCGCUAAAGUAUCAAACACGCUCCAUUGCCGCGCUACCUGAUGGUGAUGGGUUUGCUCUUGGAGGCACAGAAGGUCGCGUUGCUGUUCACUACUUCCAUGAUCCACCGGACCCGAAAGACGGUAAAGUUAAAAAGUUUGCUUUCCGUUGUCAUCGAAGGACCAAUGCCGACCAUCCUGAUGUUCCUCGGAAUGAAACUCAACUGUACCCUGUGAAUGCGAUUGCUUUCAAUGCACAAGGAACCUUUGCGACAGGGGGUGGUGAUGGCUCAAUUAGUUUCUGGUGUAAAGCGAGCCGCACAAGGUUGAAAACCUUUGAAACCAAGGGUGCAGCCAUGGCGCCUAAGGAAUUAUUUAAAACGAACCCUAACCGUUUGCCUGUCACCGCCAUUACGUUUAAUGCAGAUGCAUCCAUUUUUGCUUAUGCACUGGGCUACGACUGGCACAAGGGCUAUCAGGGCGCUACGAGCGAGACGCAUGUAUUUAUUCACCCAGUCAACCCUGAAGAUAUCAAGAAGCGGCCUCCUAAAAUAUGA